GGAUCAUUCGGAUGGUAUUUGGAACGAGUCUCAGGCUACUGUCCUUCAGGCCGAUUCCGGUACGGAUAACGGAACGGCCUUGAGCACUUCGGACAUGGCCUCGUUCUCUGCGACUUCUCCGGUUUCCGUGAAGCUGCUGACGCCGUCCUCGAGGAGGAAGCAUCUGCUGAUGCUUCAACACCAACAGCGAUCGUCUAUAGACACCGAAGCUUUAGAUGAAGAAUUUGUGGACCAAUUACAAGUAGGAGGGAGUCCGAGCAUCGCUCAUUUAGAUUUAGAAACGCCGAGCAUAUCAGUAAAAGGGCCUGAGCAACCUAGCGGUAGUAGACAUUAUUUGCAAUUGAGCGCGAAGAGGGCUGCAGCUGCUGCGGCCGCCGCUGCUGCUACUUCAGCAACUGCAUCAUCAUCUUCGGCGACGACGACGACUUCAAGACCAUCAUCGGAAUCGCCUCUUCCUGCCGUCGUUCCCGACAUCAUUUUAGCGCGCACGGACUCUGGUAAAACGAACACGGACGUCUCUGAAAGCACCACCACAGACGACUACAUCACUGCCAAUUCGACUGAUAGUUCCAGGAGGAGCACAUCGCUCAGGGGUUCCGAUAAGGGUCGUUCUCGUGCGGCCAUACCAUCGACGUCGGCUGCGACCACCACCGCCGCCCCCGAUGGAAGUUCGUUCGAGAGCGCCUCCUCGAUUUACAGCCUCACCAAAGCCGAUUUCCUCACCGACGACAUGGUCGUACCAUCGUUCUCACCACCACCCAUCCCAGAAGAAGCGAGCGAACUGACCCCGACUCCUGUACCGGACGUAGUUCGCACCGGUCGCUCCUCACCAACGGGAAGCAGCUCUUCCUCCGGUAGUUACAGCCUGAACGGCUCCUGUCCCGAACUGCCACAAAGACCGCCAGUGCCUUCUCCGAAAAAAGUACCAUCCGUUUCCGAAGACGAUCGAAGCGCGCUCUGCUCCUCCUCCGGAUACUACGAUUCACCGUUGGAAGAUGACGCCACGUGGAAAUCUUCGCGUUCCGAUCGAAAAGACUGGACAGAGGAGGAGAUAACGCGCAGGAAGAAACAGUACACUUUGGAGGUGACGAAACAGCAGGAGGAAACAGAGAAACCGCGAUCGUCGUUCAGCAAACCAUCACCAUCUAAAGAGCUGCUGAAGCCCAACGAUAAACCGAAGCAGAGACGCAUCCGUACGCGUAGUCCUAUGCAGCCGCAUCGGAAGAUACCGCAGAAGAAAUCGCCUCUGCACAAAAGUCCAGAAGUCCAGCAGAUGGAAUGGGAAAGCCGCACCGAAGAACGUAAACCUCUCACAUCGGACGAUUCAGUGAAUUACGAUAAGUUAUCACCGAGGAAGGGAAAGAAGAUGCGCGAGAAGGGACGCAAAUCGCCGAGAUCUCCGACUGGUGGAAAAGGACGCAGAAGGAGCGGCAGCAUCGACGAUAAACCGAUGACUUUCCCUAGAAAGAAGACGAUUCAACGAAGCAUCGCGCAAGACGAUACGCAGAGUCUGCAUUCGCACAAAAGCCCUGACGUCUCUCCGACUAAACCCAAAUGCUCGGACGUUGCGAAGCUGAAGGCUUUGAGCGCUGAAUCUUUGCGAUCAGUAAGUCCGGGUAGCGAUAGCGUGUUUUACAGCGAUCCCAGUAGCCACGCGGCAAUUCCUUCAGAUCAGCACGUGCAUUGUCUGCAUUGCGGCAAAGAGGUGGACAUAGUGACCACCGAUGAUUUGGAGAAGAGCUCCAGUCAGCCGGACAUCGUGCAACCGCCAGCUGGAUUCGCGGAUUCCCCUCGCACGAAACAUCCACCUGGUAGGUUGUUCAAGAAGUUCGAGAAACGGUACAGAUCGGAGGAUCGUGGUCACGGCGAUCGCAGACAUCACAGAUACAGACCGGAUAACUUAAGAGCCAAGUCUGAGGAGAGAGGUGCUAAAGUGGAGAACGGUAAGAGCAAGUUGAGGCCGAUGGCGAGAUCGAGGGACGCGAGUUUGGAAGGUUUGAGGGCGACGGAUUCGAGUCCGAGCGUUCUUCCCGCAGCGCCAGACGACGAAGACGAUCUCGGACUUUACAAUACGCCGUACAUAGACAGUAAUUGGAUCUACAUCGAUGAUCACGACGAGCUGCAGACGUGGAGCAGACCGGCAUCUGCAGAUGAGGAGAUGCAUCGGAGGGAAUCGAUUUCGAGUGCGGAGAGCACGGAAUCCGAGCACGACUUCAAGAAGCGAUAUCAGGCCGUCACGCACCGCAUGGUCCAUCGGAAGUCCUGUCUGGAGAUGUACAAGCGGCAGGCCUCCAAAUCGUUCGGUGAGUUCAUCGACUAG